AUGAGUCUCACAGCUCAGGACAAGCAGACUGUCAAGGCCUUCUGGACCAACGUGUCCAGCAGGGCAGAGGAGAUUGGUCAGGAUGCUCUGUCCAGGAUGCUGGUGGUCUACCCUCAGACCAAGACCUACUUCGCCCACUGGAAGGACCUGAGCCCCGGCUCUGCUCCGGUAAAGAAGCACGGAUUGACCAUCAUGGCUGCAGUCGGUGAUGCUGUGUCCAAAAUGGAUGAUCUGGCAGGUGGACUCCUGAACCUCAGUGAGCUGCACGCCUUCACCCUGAGGGUGGAUCCUGCCAACUUCAAGAUCCUGGCGCACAACAUCCUGGUGGUCUUUGCCAUCAAGCUGCCCGAAGACUUCACCCCUGAGGUCCACGUGGCCAUGGACAAGUUCCUGGCUGCGGUGGCCCGAGCCCUGUCUGAGAAAUACAGAUGAACAGCAAACAGGAGUCCAUGAAGAACAAGGUGAAGGCACCGGAUCCUCUUUGUCAACACAUUGAAU